UUAUCAACCCCACUCCACGGCGCAAACGUCGAACAAGGAGCUUAUAAAUCCGACAAAAUCUUUUCCUUUACUAUCCACCAAAAAAACACAAAAAAAAAUUAACAAAGAAAAAAACUAUCAAACAAAAAAAUCUUUAACAAAAAAAACCCACAACCACUUUGUUCCAACAAUCAGCUGUUCUCUUAUCUCCAAAGCGUUCGACACACUUUCCAAAUAACCUUCCCCACUCCUGGAUGAACUGGCAUUUGUGGAAAUUCUUUGCCCAGGGGCUUUAAUGAGGAUUUCCGACAUCUCCCGGAUAGAAUGGCCGAUGCUAAUUACGGAUUGAACGGCGAAAUGACAGACGAGCAAGCCAGCUAUUUGACUUUGUCCUCUUACGGCACAAACUUUCUCAUGAACUAUGGAUGGUAUCUAGUUGGACUUGGCAUUUUCUACCUCAUUUACAGGGACAAGAUUAAUAAAUACUUGGAUGAUUGGUAUACAAGGAGGGAAGAGCAAAAAUAUGCUGAAAAAUAUCACAAAAAUCCAGAUCUGGCUCGAGAAAGGUUGGAAGCUCUCACUGCAGCUAGACAGAAGAUGCAAGAGGAAUUGAAUCAAAAAGCCAAAGAGGCAGAAGAAAGGAGAAAAGAGAGGGAGGAGCAAAAACGACUUGAAAGGGAAAAAUUACUGACAGGACAUAAACUUGGCGGAUCAUCGAGCCAGUCACCUUACAAAAAAGAGUACAAUCCUUUGAUGGGUGAUGGUGGAUCGUCGUACAGGCCUCCGAAAAAAUCUUGCUGUAAGAAAGGGGGAUGUGGUUAAAAUAAUAAAUGCAUUCCUUCAUGGCAUUUAAACUCUUCUUUAACUUUAUUCCGAGGUGUUAACUUUAAUUAAAAUUUGUAACUAAAAAAUAAAUUAAUCAAAAUAAAUAUUUAUUGGUUUAAAUAAAAUAAGUCUUUUCAUCUUGGGAGGGUCUUUCCUCCCCUUAUACACAAAUGGCAAAACAUGUUUUUUUAAUUUAAUUUCAACUCAAAAUAAAAAAAAUAAUAAAAGGUGCUGAUUUA